AUGGAAGAGGGUGGCAUUGACGAUGAAGAUGGAGGUAGCAAGGCUGCUGGGGGAGCCCAACUUCGCACCAAGAACGAAGUCCCCGAAGAGGUCAUCCCCAAGCCGGACGUUACUGUCACUCCCGACAUGAAGAUUACACCCUUGGGCACCGUCCAGCACGUUGUUGACACGCUGAUCCUCAUCAAGGCCUUCACCUCUGGUGAAUACCAGGUCUUGGAGUCUGGUUCUGUCUUGUGUCUGGAGAAUCGCGAAGUCAUUGGAGCUGUUCAAGAUACCAUCGGCAAGGUCGAGGAGCCUCUGUACUCGGUCGCCUUCACU